ACACUAAUGGCACAAGAAAAUAUUGUGACUCCCCUAUGUUAACCUGAAGUUGGCACCAGUGAAUAGAAGUGAUGACAAAGAUUUGUCAAAGACACACACACCCCUCCUACUGUAGGACAUUCUAAAGAGAGGCCACGAGAUUUUGCAUUUAAUGCGCUAAGAUGUUGCCAAGAUCAACUGGUCUUGUUACUUUUAUCUUCUUUCAAGUCUCAUUCUGUUUUGCACUGUUAGGGAGUAAUUUCUUGAUUUACGACAAAAAUGUAAACAAAUGCCUAAAAGGCUAUCAGCCUCUAAAGCUGUUCUACUGUGAUUCCAACCAACUGAAUCAACAGUUCCGCUGGACAUCCAACGACCGCAUCCUUAAUGUUCAGAUGAGCAGAUGUCUGGGAGCUGGGAGCAAAGCGGACGGCUCAGGCCUGCAGUGGUACAUCUGUGAUGAAACAAGUGAUCUCCAAAAGUGGGAGUGCAAGAAUGGCACACUGUUAAAUCUGAAGGGAACAAAUCUUUUCUUAUCUCAAGAUGAAAACACAGUUCUGAAACUCACCCAAGACAUUGGAGCUGCUAGUCAGUGGUUAAUACAUGGCACUGCAGAGGGCCUUUGCUCACAGCCAUACCAAGAGCUGUACACAAUCAAGGGGAACGCCUUUGGUCGGCCAUGCCACUUUCCUUUCCGAUACGAGGGGAAAUGGUACUCGGACUGUAUUACCAAGAAAUCAACUAAUCGUCUGUGGUGUUCGACUGACAGAGACUAUCAGCAAAAUUGGGGGUACUGCCCCACUAAAUCAUCAGAACGCUGGAAUACAAAUCCACUGACUGGCGUCUUGUACCAGGUCAAUGAAAACUCCGCCCUCACUUGGCACCAAGCCAGGAGGAGCUGCCAGCAGCAGGACUCAGACCUGCUGAGUAUAACUGAGCCCCAGGAGCAAACCUUCAUAUCAGGCAUCACAGGUGCGUUUAAAACAAUAUUUUGGAUUGGACUGAACAGAUUAAAUACCGAGAAAGGAUGGCAAUGGACCAAUGGAGAGCCGUUCCGUUAUUUGAGAUGGGGCUCAGGGCAGCCUAACAGAGAACAUGGAUGGUCCUGUGGCGCUCUUAGCACCAUGGAAACUUAUAGCUGGCAAAAUAAAUUGUGCUCAAAAAAGCUUGGCUAUAUUUGCCAGAAAGGAACUCCAAAACCCACUAGCCCUCCAGGCCUCCAGGUUUCUUGCAGUGCUCCAUGGAUUCCAUAUGCAGGUCACUGCUAUUUUCUGAAUCGUACAAAGAACACAUGGAAGAAUUCUAACACUCAGUGUUUGAAUGCCGGUGGACAUUUAGUGAGCAUUCAUGACAUAGAGGAGCAAAGCUUUGUGCUCUCACAGCUGGGAUACAUGGAGACAGAUAAGCUGUGGAUCGGUCUGAAUGACCAAAAGACACAGCUGCUGUUUGAGUGGAGCGAUCAGUCUCCCGUCACGUUCACCACAUGGGACACUGAGGAGCCAUCUCACCACCACUCUGUACUGGAGGACUGCGUCCUGAUGGGGGGCAAAGAUGGGCAGUGGAGUGAUGAAGUCUGUGCGAGCAAGUAUGGCUUCAUCUGUAAGAAGACAGGGGACUCCACAUCAGACACACACAACGAUGCCCAAAGUGGAGGCUGUAAAACGGGAUGGAUCAGGCAUGGCUAUAACUGCUACUUUGUUGGCGCACAAACAAACACAUUUGAAGAAGCAAAAGAAAUUUGCAAAAGGAGUAGUGCCUAUUUGGUAGAUGUACAAAACAGUGCAGAGAAUGCCUUCCUCAUCAGCCUGGUGGGAGCCAGACCAGAGAAGCACUUCUGGAUUGGGUUGUCUAACCAAAGAGACCGUUACACAUUUGAAUGGUCCAACUCACGGAAUGUCCCCUACACUCACUGGAAUACACGUAUGCCAGGCCAAAAGCAGGGUUGUGUGGCCAUGACGACUGGGACUUUGGCCGGACUGUGGGAUGUGCUGAGCUGCUCCAACAAGGAGAAGUACAUCUGCAAGCACCAGGCCCAGGGAGUGGUGACCACCCCAGCCCCACCUACCUCACCCGCUCCCAGCUGUGCAGAGGGAUGGAAACCCCUGGGAGUCAGACACUUCUGUUACAAGUUUUAUGACAUGGAUUAUUACGAGAAGAAGACCUGGUUUCAAGCGUUGGAUUUCUGCAGAUCCAUUGGUGGGGAUUUGAUCAGUAUUCAUAAUCAUUUCGACAAUUUCUUAACUGGAGGAGGCUACAGAUUUGAUGCUUGGAUUGGCUACAGUGCUCAAGAUCCCAGUGUUGGCUACACAUGGGCAGAUGGGACAGCGUCUUCCUAUACAAACUGGGAAUCUGGAGAACCAGAUAAUAAACAUAAUAUGGAAAAUUGUGCAAUGACAGAUAUGUUAUCAAUGAAAUGGAACGAUCGUAGCUGUGAAGUAAAGGAAAACUUCAUUUGUGAAAUAAAUAAAGGAGUUACUCCAAAGAACCCUGCCAAUUUUACAAUUCCUGAACACAAUGUCACUAAGGAUGGAUGGAUCGAAUUCAGUGGUCACCAGUACUACGUUUAUGAGGAAACAUAUGAAUACGACAUUUAUGAAGCUCGGACAUUCUGCAAGAAAGGCCAUGGUGACCUUGUUGUAAUAGAGACUGAACCAGAGAGGCUGUUUCUCUGGAAACUGAUAUUAAGGCAUUGGGGUUCAUUUUAUAUUGGAAUGACAAUUGAUAUCAAUCUCAAUAUGCAGUGGAUAGAUGGUACUGAAGUGAUUUAUGACCGUUGGAAUGAAGAACAACCACCAGAUGAAAUAAGUGACGAAACCUGUGUGAUAAUGAAUGUCGAAUAUGGUCUCUGGUCUGUCGCGUCUUGUAAUGGAGGAAGUGGAUUCAUCUGUGAGCGUCAUGAAACUCCUCCUGUAAAUGCGACUCUGGCUCCUACUGAGGCUCUUGAAGGAGGCUGUGUCCCGGACUGGACCAAGUACAGACAAUAUUGCUACAAGACUGAAUUUUCUUCAAAAACCUGGAGAGAGGCUCAGCUCAUCUGUGUAGAAGAAGGUGGAAAUCUGGUAUCUAUAAAAAGCGAAGAGGAACAAGCCUUUGUGACUACUAUGAUGUUGAAUGCUCCUGGAGAUUUAUGGAUCGGGCUGAAGUCUUCCUUGUCAGUCUUGUGGUCAGAUGGGAGAUCUGUGACCUUUACAAACUUUAAAAGGAGGCACUCUUCAGACAUGUAUCAGUCAUGGCAUCGUUUUCAUGGGAAACUGUGUUAUAAGAUGAGGCUUUCUCCCAGUGCUGUGACUGGGCAGUGGAGGCCAGCAGUUUGCAAUGACACCAAUGGAUACAUCUGCAAAAGAGCCAUUGACAGCCACAUUGUCCCACAGACGACAGUUCUGCCCCAAUCAUACAUCAAGAUUGGGAACGACUCCUUCAAGGUGGAGUCAAACAAUCUGACCUGGUGGGAGGCCAAGAAGAGGUGUGAGGCAGAUGGAGCCCAGCUGGCCAGCAUUCGGGACAGCAUCACCCAAGCCUACAUAGAACUGCAACUCCGCAAACUCAAGCAGCCCAUGUGGAUUGGCCUCAAUAAAAAUAUGACAGGUGGUUACUUUAGAUGGACAGAUGGCUGGUCAUUGAAUAUGGCAAGCUGGAACCGUCAAGAGCCCCGAGGCCAGUUGUCCUGUGUGUCUGUGGACAUGGAGGGAUACUGGAAUACUGGCCCUUGUAAUCAAUCCCUACCCAGUGUAUGCAAAACGUCAAUGGACAUUGCACCAACUCCUGAUACCCAAUACCCUGGAGUGUGCCCAGAGUCUUCAGAGGAUGAAACAUGGUCUCCUUUUAGGGGCUAUUGCUAUACAAUUAUCCAUGACAAAGAUAUAUUAUCAAUAGCCUCAAUGUCAUGCAUGCAGAGAGGUGCAUCUCUGCUCAGCAUUGAGGAUCCUGAGGAAGCUAAGUUUAUAAACGGCUUGCUGGAGAUGAUACAAGACAUAUAUGAUUCUGUCUGGAUUGGCCUGUACAAAAACCUCAGAGGUCAGUGGCAGUGGCUGGACAAGACUGUGUUGGACUAUAGCAACUGGGCGGACAAUGAUGACUGGGAAGAAGAUUCCAACUAUGCAUUCAUCUCAACAUCAGACUUUAAAUGGAGAAAUGCAUAUCGAUACUCAACUAGAGCAUACAUCUGUAAAAUUGCCAAAGUACCUAUUUCUGCCAACUCCACAGCAAAACCCGGUCCUCAAGACACUCAUCGCAAUUUUGCCAUGGUUGUUCUUGUGGUCAUUAUUGCAGUGGUCAUUUUGCUGGGAAUUGCGGCCUAUAUGUACUACAAAGGGUAUAGACCAACUCUGCCCAGUCGUCCUAACUUUGACAACCCACUAUACUUCAAGGUGUCAACACUAGCAGAUCUAGAUAACAAGAAUUUAACACAUGAUGUUGAAUUAGAAUAAUUUGUGUACACUGACACACUGUGUUCACCUCCAGGUGUAAGAAUUCAUGCAACUUGAAUAUUGCGAUGUGCCUCACAUUUGGGCAAGGAGCAAGCAGAAAAAAAAGUGAGGUCCUGAACUUCUUCUAAGGCUUAACUAAAAAGUUAGAAAAUAGCCUAGUUCAAUGUUUGGGUCGUGGCUUGGCUACCUCUCAUAGCUAAGUCAGGAGCAAGUUAUUCAGCUAACUAUAACACAUCAUCACAUCACAUAUAGGCCUACUCAAUCAGUUUCCACCAAUGAAUACCCAUGUUUUGGAGGUGAAAAAAGGCUGUCAGUGUGAAUGCCUGUGUAGCCUGACAGUUAUUGUUAACUGCUAGCAAAAAUGUACGUAAGUAAGCAUAUGUUUGAAAGGAUCCACUGAUGCUUUAUUUUAGUUUGUAAAAUUUUGUUGAAAUAAAGCGUUUUUUGUGAACU